UGUUCAGUGAUCGCGCAGAACACAAGAGAGGAAACUAUAACCAUAGAAGUGAGACGAGCGAAACGUUGCGGUUGUUUUGGUAAUUACUUACCUGUAUCAAAGGACUCUUCGCGGCUAAAUACUUUGGGGUUUUUUUUUGUGUGCAUGGUUAAUAUUGAUGCCUAUUGACUUUAGCAUGAAAUCGUUCGUCUCUUUUUAACAUGUGAAAAUAAAGACAUGUGGACAGGCACCCUUUGACGUUAGACAUGACAGCAGCAGUAAUCAGCAGAAAGCAACAUUGUUACCAAAAUGCAAUUAAGUAGAACACCAGGCAACUAAAAGGCUAUUUGCUGAAUGGAGCAAGCUGAGAAAGGGAUCCCAGGACUUAUCAGCUGUCCAGAAAGCAGGAGCCGUCUGGACUGCUGCAUCUCUAAUACCUCCUCAGUAUAUUCACCAGUAGUGGCCACAUUUUCAGAUCUCUUGGAUAUCUUAAUCAUCCUUAUUACCAGCCCACUGUGCCUUAUCCAAAAGCCUCACUCCCCUGUUUGUUAAUGCUAAGCCUUCUCCUUCCCCACCUCCAAAGGUUUUAUUACAGGUAGCACCUCUCUCUGCACCAAACAUCUCCAAGCUCCAACUCACUGCAAGAUAGUUCUUUUACCUACUUCACUAUCAGGUGUAUCCAGCCUCCCCCUCUCUUUGCCCUGCUCUGCACCCCCAGUUCAUUGCCCCGCCCCCAGCUAUUGCCCCAACCCCCAGCCCAUUGCCCAGACACCAGUGGUGCAUGCGUGGGGAUGCUGGGCUGUGUGCUGCGCCGAAGCAUGUCCCAGCGGCUCAGCGUUUUGCUGCUGCUGUUCGGCCUGGCCUGGUGCGUCCUUCUACUGCACUAUACUGUUACGCAACCACGACGGCAGAGCAGCACAGAGCUGCGCCAGCAGAUCCUCGAGCUCAGCCGCCGUUAUGUCAAAGCCCUCAGUGAGGAGAACCAUGACCCAGCUCAGGGCCCCUCCAUGGCCGGAUAUGCUGACCUAAGAAGAACAAUUGCAGUGCUACUGGAUGAUAUUCUAAAUCGUUUAGGGAAGUUGGAGGGCAGGGUAGACAUGGCAAUGAAUGCCUCGGCACACAACAGCUCUCACCCUGCAGGGGGCGCUGCCCUGGCUGCAGCAGCCAUUGUGCACAGGCCCACCAAACAGCACAAACCUGGGAAACGUCUGGACGCUCGCAGCAAGCAGCCUGGGAGUUAAUGGUUACAAGGACACUCAUGGUGGGACCAUGUUACUCUGUUGCUGCAGUACUGUUGCUGAGACUGAUAUAUAUUUAGAACAGAGCAGCUUUUUAUUAUUAUUUCCUUUGCCUUUAAGUACAUAGGUUCUUUGUGAGAUGAUGGAAUAUUGUUACAUAAAUUAAAACCUAAGAGGAGCAGACCUGCUUCUUAGGAAUGGUCCUUAUGGAACUUUCUAAUGGGAGUGCUAUUUCAAAUUGAGGCUUUCAUAAUGGAUCAUCACCUUCAUCUCCAGCAAUACUUAGGUUCUCUCGUCAGCCUGCUAAUUGAAUGGGGAACUUAUGGGGGCAUAAGUUCAAGUUCAAGUUUGGUUUAUUUGAACUUAUAACAUACAAAUAUGGCUCUAAUCUAUUUUUAAUGAUGCAUUGGCUAUACAAUUGCUUGUGCAUUAGCUGAUCAUCAGGGUGAGAACGUAAGCAAAUCCAAAGAACGUGCUCACCAAAGGAAAGCUUAAUUUAGAUGUUUCUCAUUGCUGAUAUACAUUUAAUGCCAUAUUCUUAGUAGGAUGAUGUUCACUUUUAUAAGAGACUUUUGUAAGCUACAUCUAGAUGUGUUCGGUGAAAGGAGAGUGUGGCAGAUGUGAAUAUGUAUUAAGUUAUUUAUCAUUAGGGCUUCCUAUAAAGCUCCAGUCAGAAGUGGCUGACACUGAGCCAGCGUUGCCCUGACAGUAUAUCUGAGUUCACAUGAUAACACGAGAAAAUGAUUAUAAACAUGUAUACAUUAGACCUUAAAUUGUAGACCUUAAAUCCAAUUUUCACUCCUGGAUAUGUAAUCACUGCUAGUUAACUGAGCAACUGAUAUGGCUAACUGGUUCCUGGUAAAAAUGGUGGCAGAAGAUCUGUAGCUAGUACUUGCACCUUGAAGGCAGUGAUUGUAAUACUCGUUCUGUGUCAUCAAUUAACUAACAGUGAUGACUAAAUCCAAUCCAAAGUCAAAAACCUCAGUUGAGGGUACGCCCUGUUUUUGUACACUGUUGUAGGCAUGUUUUCACAUUAUUAUUAUUUUAUUUCCUCUGUCAUUGCAAUGUCAAACUGGCAGUGGUCCUCUACUGCUUGGAGUGAGUCCUUCUAGGGGCUCGAGGGUUCCCAUGCACACUCCUCACACCAUGUGACUGUCCAUGUAUUAAAACACAUGCCAGUAUCAGAAUGAA